AUGGCUUCUGCAUUUCGUGACACGCCUAUCUGGGUCUUUUUGCGCUGGGUUUUGGGUUCUUCUCUUCUGCGAUACCCUGAAGAAGAAGACGGCGCUAUCAAUCGCAUCCAAGCUGCCGUCGAGAAAUGGGAACACCAUUUGGUAGAUGUGAGCAUGGACGUGGGGCGAGAAGAGGCUUCCCAGAAUGCGAGAGAGAAGCCGUGUGAAUUUAGCAACGGCACUGGUGCUUCCAGCAGAGAGACGGACUGUUCGACGCCACACCCUCUCAUCAUUGUCGACUGGUAUGAUGAAAAGGACCCGGAGAACCCCAUCAACUGGACCGGCCGCAAGAAAUCAGUUGUCUACAUCAUCGUCAACUUCACCGCGUGCGUUGUCUACAUGGCUUCAGCAAUCUACACGCCAUCGCAACCGCUAGUCCAAGAGGUCUUUGGCGUGUCUGUCAUCGUUGCAAGCCAGGGUCUCGGCCUCUUCAUUGUCGGAUACGGCGUUGGGCCUCUGAUCUGGUCCCCGUUAUCAGAAAUGCCAGCUGUGGGACGCAACUUGCCGUACCUCGUACCGCUCUUGACCUUUGUCAUUCUAUCUGUACCGACUGCACUUGCCAAUAGCAUCGGCUCGCUGCUAGUAUUGCGCUUCCUUCAGGGAUUCUUUGGCUCACCAGUUUUAUCUACGGGUGGAGCUUCCUUGAGCGAUAUUGUCGAUGCCUACAAGAGGCCGUAUUCUCUGUAUACGUGGGCGAUAUUCUCCUUUGCUGGACCUUCGAUAGGAAAUGUCAUAGCAGGUUUCACUGUGCCAAAGCUUGGAUGGAGGUGGAGUCUUUGGGAGAUUCUCUUUACCACCAGUCCCGCGUUGAUUUUGCAGCUUUUCCUACCCGAGACGUCGCCCAGUACCAUCCUCUACUAUCGAGCCAAGCGAAUUCGUAAAAUCACUGGAGAGAGUUACUACGUGGCCAGAUCUGAGAUUACAUCCGCCUCUACAACUGUCCUCAGUCGCUUCUACGGAACCCUCGUAACACCAUGGAAGAUCAACCUUCUCGACCCGUCCAUUCUAUUCACCAGUAUCUACUCGGGCCUUAUUUAUGCAAUCUUCUACUCCUUUUUUGAGUUUUUCCCACUUGUGUACGGCAAUAUAUACGGCAUGAGCCAAGGCCAGAUCGGCCUCAUUCUCCUCUGCAAUGUAAUCGCAGUCACUAUCGCCGCGCCCCCUUACUUCGCCUAUAUUCACUUCGUCGUCAACGCCUCGGCCCGCAGAGGAUAUCCGCUGACCCCAGAGCAGCGAUUAGUGCCAGCCCUCGUUGGGUCAGUUCUGGUCCCCACCGGUAUAUUCCUCUUCGGAUGGGCGUCUCGUGAUUCCAUUCACUGGAUUGUACCUACCAUCGGCGUCUGCUUCACUGUCGGUGGUUUUGCAGUUCUUCUACAGACCAUAUUCGUCUAUAUUGGCUUGGCCUAUCCGCAGUAUUCGGCCUCGCUGUUCUGCGGCAACGGCUUUGUGAAGCAGAUGGUUGCUUUUGCAGGAGUUCUCUGGAGUCAUCCUCUUUACGAGGCGAUGGGCAUCUCUAAAGCCAUGUCUCUUCUCGGAGGACUCUGUGUUGUGUGCAUUUCGGGCAUUUUUAUUCUAUAUUAUUGGGGUGAUAGGCUUCGAGCUCGGAGCAAGUUUGCCCGUUAG